UUGCUGCAGUUGGGUUACAUUGUGACGUACCCAGCAUGGCUAAUCUACACCGCCAUCCUGAGGCUUUUCAAGAAUCCCCGUCCUGCAAUUACUCUGAAGGAUCCUGAAGUGAAGUAUGCAUUGAGACUGAUUGAUAAGGAGGAAGUUAGUCAUGACACAAGAAGAUUUCGAUUUGCUCUCCCUUCCAUGGAUCACGUUAUGGGUCUCCCUGUAGGACAGCAUAUCUAUCUGUCUGCACGGGUUGAUGGAGCUCUGGUUGUUAGACCUUACACUCCAGUUUCCAGCGAUGAUGACAAGGGCUUUGUGGAUCUUGUUGUCAAGAUCUACUUUAGAGGUAUCCACCCGAAGUUUCCGGAUGGAGGGAAGAUGUCUCAGUACUUAGACAGCCUGAAAAUAGGGGAGACUAUUGACUUCAGAGGACCAAGUGGCCUACUUGUCUACAAAGGAAAAGGCAAGUUUGCUAUUCGGCCUGAAAAGAAAGCUGAACCAGUUACUAAGGAAGUGAAGUAUGUGGGGAUGAUUGCAGGUGGGACUGGGAUAACACCUAUGCUGCAGAUCAUUCGAGCAAUCAUAAAAGACAAAGAUGACCCUACCAUUUGUCAUCUGCUGUUUGCUAAUCAGACUGAGAAGGAUAUCUUGUUACGUUUCGAGCUAGAGGAGAUCCAGGUUCAGAAUCCCGGUCGCUUUAAGUGUUGGUACACACUGGACAGAGCACCUGAAAAUUGGGAUUACAGCCAAGGAUUUGUGAACGAAGAGAUGAUCAGAGACCACCUGCCCCCACCUCAGAACGAUGUUCUGAUCCUCAUGUGUGGUCCUCCUCCAAUGAUCCAGUACGCUUGCAUUCCCAACCUGGAGAAAGUGGGCUACACCAAGGACAUGAGGUUCUCCUUCUAAAGAUGACUGAGAAUGCGGUGAUCUUGUGUAGAAGGGAAGAAAAAACAUUUAAUGGGGAACAGGACAAAAUUACAGAGAUGGCUGAUGCACAGUGCUGGGAAGCUACGUUUACAUUAAAAAUGCUUCAUUUUUUUCUGAAUCUCUGGCAAGUAAGACACUUAAGCUGAACUGUACUAAAACCAUACUGUAAGUUGCACAGAAACAACUGUGUUGUGGAAAGGUAGCGAUGCCUAGUGCUCGACUGUAGUGUAGACUCCGUCUCAAGGGAGGGCAGUGUGGCUGCUUUGGACAGUAAACACGCUUUUUCUUAGCACUGUAAUCAAAUGGCAGAAAUAUCCGACUUCCUAACACUGUGCAUACCCCGUAUUUUAUUUGGUAUGAAGUAUGAAAACAUAUAGAAUGUGCUGGAUUAUUCACCUUGCUUAUGCCAAACUUUAAUCCUUACAGAGCUUUUGCAGUAUGAGGGCCAGGAGUGUUUGCCUUGUAUGCAUAAUCUUUGCAACUUCAGAAGCUGAAAGACACGCGUUCAAUCGAAGGAUGACAAUUAACCAUUUAUGACUGAAGUUGUUCAAGCUGCCUUGUUAAUCAAAACAGAGAGGUAGACAGCAAUACAAAAUCUGUUGCCUUUGUAUUUUGGAAUAGCCUCUCUUUAAUGCAAACACUUUUCCAGCUGGUCACGGUUCUCAUCCCCAGGCAAUGAAAGAAACUACAUAAAGCAGGUGGCUUUGGGCACUGUGCCACAAAGAGCUGGAAUUUUUUGCUUGUAUGCGUGUGGAAUACUGAAAAAAAAAAAAA